CGCGCGCUCCGCUCGCAACAUGUCGGUCCGCGUGGAUCAUCGCGAUCGUGAUCGCUUCUCGAGACAUUCUUCCCGCGCUUCUGUCGAUCUUGCUUUUGCGAGUGGAUCUGCGCGGGAUCAUUCUUUUCGCUCUGUUCACUCGGGCCGCGUGCCGCGCGUAGCCAGCGAUGACUUGAUGGUGCCGGCGCGUACGCUGCGCUCGGCGUCGUGCAGGGUCGCUUCGGGAGCUCCUCAUCGUCUUCGGCGCCACCACUCCUCGGCGGCGGAAUGCGAGCGCGCGCGGCGCUCGCGUCGGCACACGCUGGAGCUGCCCAACAGCCGCGGACCCAGCGUGCGGAGCAGGUCGCCGGAGCCGCCGACCGCCGCCGCCGCCGCCGAGCCGGAGGGCGCGCCCGAGGACGCCGGCAAGGAGGCGCGGCGUCGCCGAGUAGUCGCCGCCGUGGCCGCGUCGUUCUUCGCGCUGGCGCUGGCGUCGGUGCUCGUGGUGGUGGUGACGCUGACCCACAGCUCGGUGCUCCGCGCCCACAACCAAACAGCCAAUACGGCAAGAGAACGAGCGGUUGAUGCACGACGUCCUUCAGGCGGGAAUCGCCAAUCGCACCCAGUUGUCGGGGGGAUUGCGCUGACGCCGCGCUACUCGCCGCGACCACGACUCGACAACAUACGGCCCGCCGCCGCGCCGCCCGAGCCGCCCGAGCUGGCUCCUAGCGUGGACGCUCCACUCGCGAGGGACCAGCAGGAUGUGCCCGCCGCGGAAGACGCGGAUAGCGCACCGACGCCGGUGAGCCCCACCCGGGCAGGCCCUGCGUGAUCUGACUCGAUCUCAGUAAACCCGUGUGACGCGACAGUGCCAACCCUCUAACUCCGCUAGGUGACACGAGGAAACGCGAGAGUAUAGUCGGCGCCUUCACCUCGUCUCUCUUCACCCUAGGUGCCGGUUUCUACCCGUCGCUCAACAAAUAGCAGAGGCAAGUGAAUAAAUGAAUCUAUGUGAACGACUCGAUGGUGUGGCCUCCGCUUGCUACGACCCGCGUGAGUGCUCCCGGAAGGCACGCUCGCGACAGUGUGAAUCCGGGUUAAGGUCCCGCAAGAAAUCCUCGUGUCAACCACAGAAAGCCCCAGCGACAUGCCUUUGAAUUCCUCCGUCGUUUCGCUCAAUUUAUCUGGCCCGCAUCUAACGAAAAAAUUGGUCAGUCAACGCACAAACUUUGAGGAACGCAAGGUUACGAUCGUGAAUUGGGUGGUUAAAGUGUGUAGCUAGUAUUUGUAAAAAUAUUGUGUUUAUAUGUGAAUGAUGAUAAAUACGAAAAUGUUGUUUGUUAUAAUACAUGUAUAUCGAUAUUACGUAUAAGGAGAGAGACAGUUAAUUCUCCUGCGUAAAAUAAGAUAGGUAGUUUAAUUUAAUAAUAAUCGGUAUGUGGUUAUAAAUACCUUGUGUAAAUGGACAAAACGAAAAUGAAUGUUAGGUUAAAGAUACUAACUGUGUUUACAUCUGUGAAGGGUUAUAAUAUUUAUAGGCACCGUUUUCCUUCACACAACUACUUAAUGUUAAUUCAAAGCACGAGUGUUACAGAAGAGUAUGGGUAUCGACAGGAAACCUUCUCUUGAUGUUAUUAUAAUCCCUAUCAUUUAACUUGUGUUUAAUUGGACAGGACACUUCGAAGUCUCAUUUACGGCUGAAUACUGGAACAUCUCUUUAUUUCAUAAAAAAAGUGUCUGUUUUUGAUAAUAUUCGUUAGAGACAUACAGGUCCUUGUCGAUAUUUAUACGUAAAUACAUAUAAAUAUAAAUCUCACGGGAUCAAAUACCUAUCUUACUUAGCUAAAAUACUCUAAUCAACACUAGUCAAUUUUUAAAAAAAUGCGUUCAUUCGUCAAUUUUGGUACACUGAUAGCAGUUAUUUUUAU